AUGGGCAAUCAAAUUUUCUUCUUGAGAGUUUACGGGUUCAUAAGCUACAAACGCCAUGCAGCACCGGUAACAGCUAAGUCGUGCUGGGACGAAACUUUAUCCAAGAAGGUUCUGGGGUGUAUCAGCAGCAGUUUCUUUUACAUAUUUCACUUUAGUGUGAAUGCUGCUAAAAAAAGGAGUGGCAGGGACCCUAGAGAUAGCAACAAUUAUGCCCUCCAGUGGUGGAAAUUGGAUUUGGCCGCUGAGGGGACUCAGAGGGACGAAAAAAAAAUCCAUGUUCUGCCACCUACGAGAUCCAUUGUAAUUUCAUUACCAAUGCGUACUCCCCAUGCCCAACGGUAG